CCCUAGUCGCGGCUGACCUACGAUCGUUCGUGAAGUGACUUCAUUCGUUUGGUUUUGGAUAAUGUCACGUGUCUUGCCUAUUGAUACUUGACCUCCUUCGGACCAGACCAGAUGGCCAACUGGACGGGACUCCGAAAUUGUGGUAGUCAUCAGUGUUAUCACGGCGGACAACAGCAUUAUGGCGGAAGGCGGCAUGGGUCACCGCGUGGCUUCCAUCAUGGAAGUCAUCGACGUUACGGACGUCACGGAGGACACAACGGCAAAUAUGGACACUGGAACAAGCACGGAAGGUCUAAAAAAAAUGAAGUGGUUCUUCUUUUGCAACUGUUUCACGCAGCACCUGCUUCUCCUACACGUCUUAUUGGUGUCUCGGCUCUGUUACAUGCAAUUUCAACUGAAUUCUUUCUUAAGAUACUUCGGCGAUAGCGGUUGGGGAUCCGAGCGCCGGUGGGGCCAUGAUCGCCACGGGCGCCAGCAUCAUGACAGCGGACACAGUGGCUCGCACCAUAGGCAUUAUCGUCGUAGAGGUUCCAGACACCACGGGGCUCAUCGCUGCUCGCAUUAUGGUGGGUCCCACUGAAAAGGGCAUCGACACCAUGGCGGACACGAAGCGAGACGUCAUGGGGAUCAUUAUGGUGUACAUAGUCACCAUGAGCACCAUGGUGGUCACGGAAGAUACAGUCGUCAUGACGGACAUGGAGGAGGCUACCAUUAAAAGCAUUCAGUUUUAUAUACCCAGGGGUCUGCUGAAGAAAUCAGGGUAGUAAACGUGAAACAGAUAACAAAGUUGAUGAUCGAUCGAUCUACUGAGAAAUGGUUCCAGCAGAAAAUGUCAGAAGUUCAUGAACGAACUAUUGCAACACAUACCUGCAUAAUGGACAACGGAACUCUAUAGAAAAGAUGGAUGGUCAUCACGAACCAGGAUUAGUUCGGCUAAUGAGAACAAUCAACGGCAAAACUGUGUGAACUCUAUAAAAAGUAGAGCUUUUGCUCUAUUUGGAUUGAAAUAGCUAGAAACGUCGUUGUUGUAAAUAUAAAUAAAAUAAAU